UAUCGAAGGAAGUUUUAAUAUAUAUAUAUAUAUAUAUAUAUGUGUGUGUGUGCGUGUGUGUGUGCGUAGAAUACAUACAUACAUAUAAGAAGGCGUAACAUUGCAGUGAGCUGUUUGGACUGCAUACACGGAUGCAACAGUGAGGAAUCAGACAAUCAUCUCUUCUUUCAUUGCGAUGUGGCUAAGAUGCUAUGGUUCUCUUCUCCCUGGAACAUCAAAUGGGAAUCUUUGGCUCAUCUAUCAGUCGAGGAAAAACUCCAUCUUCUGGCCAACCCAAUCGGAUUUCUGCCCGUGCACUUCUCCGACAAGGAGGACUUCUUCCUUUACGCCGCUCGUCUUUUGGACCAGUUAUGGAAGAUCAGAAAUGCAGUUAAAAUGGAAAACAGUGCCUUCUCCAUUGAAAAGACUAUGAUCAUGCUUCGACACAUGUUUUCAGAGUUUAAACUUACUCUUUCUAAGGAGAGUAUUGCGGGCACGGAUUGUCAUUAUCGCAGAGACCUUUGGAUUCAACCCUCAUCUCAUUUUAUCAAGAUCAACACCGACGCAGCGGUCAAGGACGGUAUUUGUUUCAUUGGCAUAAUCGCUAGAGACCACUCAAGUUCAGUACUUGCCAUUAAGUCAGCUCAGCUUCAAACCGACCUUCCCGAGGUUGCGGAGGCUUAUGGAGUUUUGCAGGGUCUGCUUCUUGCCAAAGAGCGAGGUUGGAGGCAGAUUUGGACAGAGUCCGACGCAAGGAACGUAAUCCUGCGUCUUGAGAAUCAUCAUCGCUGCUAUACCCACUGGAUGUCAGAUGGAAUCAUAGCAGACAUUAUUAAUCUCAAAAAAGAAUUCCAAAAUGUCACUUUCCGUUGGAUCCCUAGAGAAGCUAAUUUUAUAGCCCACUUCGUGAGCAGAUGGUGUUUUUCUAUUAAUUUUGUAGGGAGUAUUCCCAUAGAUUCUCUUCCAGGAAUCUUUCCGUCUUUUGUAACCCAGGAGAUUGGCCUGUUGGUCAACUCCCGUUUGUAG